AUGAGUUACAAAGAAAUCGGUAAUACUGGAAUUAGACAACUUGACAAUUCAUAUGAGGUGUCACUGUGGCUUAAGAGAACCAUGAAACUUUUAGAAAAAGCUGAAGAUAAAAAUAAUAUUCCUCUCAGUAGAAGAAGCUCAUAUGCAUACUCAGUUGCCUCCUCAAACGCUUUAAUGAGUAGUGAUGAUGAAUAUCCAUCAGAUGAUGAUGAAAUUAUUAAAUUAGGAACUUCAACUGAUAAUAAACGUUUCAAACAAAUCACAAAUAACUUUAGAAGUAACUCUCUUUUAACUAGCUAUCGCUUUAAAUGGCAAUUGUUCGCAAAUCAGCUGAAAUUACGCGGUUACCAGAACGAAGUUGAUUUAGAAGCGUUCCAGAAUUCAAACAACACAGGAGGUUUCCACACCCCACACGUACCUCAAGUGAAGCGCGUGUUUACCAGCUACUACUUCACUUGGAAAUUGUUUUCAAGGAAAUUAAUUGAAAAUACAUGGAAGAAAGAAGUUAAAGAGGUUGCAAAGAAUCCAAAAAGACUUAGCUACGGUUAA